GUGUCUCUUGAAGAGCAUCGACAGGAGCUUCGAUUUCACAGAGAGCGUGAACCCGAUAUCCUCACUGUCAUUGUGCCCCUUGUGCAAGCCUUCCGCAACCCUGUCCGUGCUGAACUCAUAAGUCUUGAAGAAUUCGCUUUCAAACGUGAUAUCCAUGUACCCAGUGUACGCAACGUUUCUCGACGACAGCACCAAGCGCUUAGCAUAAUAUGUGAAUCUGAUGUCCUCUGACACCUGGGCUAUCGAGUGGAUGCACCGACACCAUACCGCCCUGUUCUCCGGCUUAGAUAAUGCGAAGGCAAAAGAUGUCAUUUCGGCAGGCCUGCACCAGCUUCCCACAGGCUAUCAAAAAAGUGUUGAUGUUUAUUUUUCUUGGGAAGAAGGGGUCGAAGGUGAAGCUGGGGAGGAAGCGUAGGCAGAAGAAGGCGCCAGAAGGGUGAGAACAGGAACAACGGCAACAAUGAGCAAAAUAUUAAAGACUCCAAGGUUCAAAGGCUCUGGGAGGUCGAGAUCUGGUUGUACGAACUGUAAGAGACGUAAGAAGAAGUGUGAUGAGAUUAAGCCAAUCUGCACCGGUUGUUAUAGAAGGAACCUGGAGUGCAAGUACCUCGAGCUGGAGAGGUUCGAAAGUGCCGAUAAGGAGGACCUGACGGCGCUGAUAUCGGGGGUUAGCUCUAAGGAGCUGUUAGGAGAUGAUUGCAGUCUCCUCAUAGGGAGUUGGCUUGACUCUGACCUGUCGUACAUGUUCCCUUUGCACUUGGAGACUGACAUUGAUGAGGCUGUUUCACAGAUGGAGCUCCAGGUGGAGCUCCAGGUGGACACCCUCAUACGAUUUCCUAGGGAUAUCACCAGGAGAGACUACAAGUAUUUGAAGUAUUGGGUUGUUGAGAUCCUCCCAGAGCUCUCGAUGCUGCCUUCUCCGACCGUGGCCAACUACUAUUCCAACAUAUACUUGAGAAUGGCACUGACCGAGCCUGCUGUGCUCUACUGCCUGAUCUGCUGGGGCUGUAGGGCCAAACGGGGCCACAGCUUGGACUACCAGAUACGAAGUGAAGAGUACGAAGCCUUGAUGUCCGUGAUUAGAGAUGAGCUCACAAAGAUGCAAGCUGACCUGACGAAGAAGAACUUCUUCUCUUGCUUUGUAUGCUACAUGGCAUUGGUGACGAUGGAGAUAUCGUUUGGCGACACGAGAAUGUGGUCAAGGUAUUUCAACGCUUGCUUCCACAUGGCCAAUAAGAUGCCAGGAUGCUUGAAGUACCUCACCAACGAGUGCUACACUGAAGGAUGGGUAUUAUCACAGAACUUCGCAUACUUUGACAUACUGGCAUCGCAGACCAACGAGAAUGGAACGUUCUAUUCAAUUUCUGACUAUAUCGAUAUCCUCUCGGCAAAUAACAGCGAUGUAGCUCAACUCCAGUCCGAUCCAAUGCAGGGGUGUAUAAGGCCAAUGAUACUGCUGAUUGGGAAAAUCGUCAGCUUGCUGGUCGAAUACAACGCACUGAAAGUAUCAUCUGAUUAUUUGAAUCCGAAUUGUGAUCGGUACAGUAUAGUUGCAGAGAUGUUAGAGAAGGCUAACAAUCUGGACAACGAGAUAUGCUUCUGUAAGCCCGAUUUUACAUUCCUGAACAACUUGACAAAGGAAGAGUUGGAGUAUCAUCUGACUCUGUUCGAGGCAAUGCAAAUAUCUACACAGCUUUAUCUGAGACAGGUGAUAAAGAACCUCCCAGCAGUGGUACCAGAGGUGGAGUUACUGUCGAUGAAUUUGAAGGAAGAUAUGCACGUGCUGAUCGAAUCACAGAGGUUUAGAAAGAGCCUUGCCUUCCCAAUGCUACAAUUGGGACUGUGUGUUAGCUCUGCACAAGAUCGUAAGGAGGUGAAGGAGUUCUUUGAGAGGCUCAUAAAGAUGUGUGGUUAUCUAAGCUCCUACCAAAGCAUAUGGAUACUCAUUCAGAAGGUGUGGGAUUUGAAUUCAAAUGGCCAAGUCUACGUUGAUUGGUUUAGAAUUUCAAAACAGAUGGAAUGGAAAUUGAACUUGGCUAGGUGAUUAUGCCUCAGAGCAGCUUCAAAUAUCAUCAAGAUCGCAGCCAUAGUUGUCAUCCAGAUCGGCUCUGCGACCAGACGUAAAGUCAAUCUCUUCAAUCUUGAUCACACCCUUCUUGAAGUACCAAUAAUCAUAGCAAAACCAGCAGAUGAAGAAAGCAGGUAACAUGAUAUAACCAUCAAUGAAGCCUUUAUAGUCAAAUGGCUUGAACACUGACCAACCUUGUACGAGAACCAAGAAUACACCAAACGCAAACCCUAUGUAGUCGGUGUAAGGAUAAAAAUACGACUUGAAAGGCAAGGCCUCCAACGAAUAGCCUUGUGCAAUCCAGGCUCUUCUGAACCUCCAGUGUGUUACAAUGAUUGCAGUCCAGGCAAUGAAGGCAGAAACUGAGGCAAC